CUGGGCGUUUUUUGGCCUUUUCUUCUCAACUAAUAAAAUAGUCCUUGCCUCUCCGUCGGCGUCGACAUUCUCUGCUCUCUCUUCGCCACCUGUUCUCUUGCUUUUCUCCUCUGGUCUCGUGCAGAAGCUUCAUCAAUGGCUUCUCAUCCAUCCUCUGCUUCGGCUUUUCUGCUUCUUUCCCUCUCGGCUCUGUUUGUAAUCUCUCCGGCCUACUCACUCACCUGUACUUCCCAGAGCUUCACCAACAAUGCCGUCUACAAACAGUGCCUUGACCUCCCCAGGCUUUCUUCCUACCUCCACUGGACCUACGACCAGUCCAACUCUUCCCUCUCCAUCGCUUUCAUUGCCCCUCCGCCCAAGUCCGAUGGCUGGAUCGCGUGGGCCAUCAACCCAACUGGGACGGGCAUGAAGGGCGCCCAGACCCUUCUUGCCUUCAAGUCCGACGGCGACGCCAUGACCGUCAAGACCUACAACAUAGAGGAAAUCGGCCCCAUCACGGAAUCUAAGAUCUCCUUCGAGGUUUGGGACCUGAGUGCCGAGUCUGACGGCGGCGUCAUGAGGCUCUUUGCCAAGGUGAAGGUCCCCGGCAAUGCACAAACGGUUAACCAGGUCUGGCAGGUGGGUCCCUCCAUCACCGCUGGCUUGCCGAACCAGCAUGAGUUGCAAACGGCCAAUUUGAACGCCAAGUCCACGCUAAGUUUGGUUGGGGAACAGAUGGCCUCUCCCUCCGGAGGGGAUUCCAGGACCAAGAUGAAAAAUAUACAUGGAAUACUGAAUGUCGUCAGUUGGGGCAUUCUGUUUCCUAUUGGGGCUAUCGUUGCGAGGUACAUGAGGACUUUUGAGUCUGCGGAUCCGGCAUGGUUCUAUCUUCAUGUUUUGUGCCAAGUAUCUGCUUAUGCAAUCGGAGUGGCUGGCUGGGGGAUUGGUCUUAAGCUUGGAAGUGAGUCAGAGGGAAUCCAAUUCACUAAUCACCGCAAUAUCGGGAUAGCCCUCUUUUGUCUCGCCACAGUGCAGCUCUUUGCUUUAUUCUUGAGGCCAAAGAAGGACCACAAGUACCGCUUGUAUUGGAAUAUCUACCACCAUGCCGUUGGAUACACCAUACUUGUCCUUGGCAUUCUCAAUAUUUUUAAAGGUUAUGACAUCUUGCAACCUGCAAAGAGAUGGAAAUCAGCUUACAUAAUUGUGAUCAUUGUAUUGGGUGCGAUUGCCUUCUUGUUGGAAGCGAUUACAUGGAUUGUAGUCUUGAAGAGGAAUUCCAGCAAUUCCACCAAGCGCUAGAUGGAUUCAACAAUGAAGAAGGCAGGCAUUAGUUGCUCAUUUAGGUUCAAAUACAUUUGGUGCCGCUCUCUCAUGGCAGAUACUGAUUUUGUAAUAUCCUUCUCUUCCUGAUUUGUGAUAUAACUUUCUCUUCCAAACUUUUGUUGGUUUGUGUAUAACAGCUUGAUUUCUCUAGGAUAUUAUACACGUAAAGAUUGUUCAA